CUUCAUCAUGGCAAGAUCUGCGCAAGUAUUCCUCGUCAUAAUCGUCUGCGUGAUUGCAUGUGUAAACUCAUCGACUAACGACGAAGAGGUUCACAGGGCAACAAGUAUUCUACUUCCUGGUAAUACUGGACCUCGAAGUCUCGUAGAGGGCACAGUGGAAGUCGUUCAAAUAGGGAACGUGCUGGGAAAUGCAACGUAUAUGAGGAUUCACAUUACUGGCCUUCCACCAAACUCUGUACAUGGUUUUCAUGUUCAUGAAUUUGGGGAUAUUAUAACGUCAGGUUGUACAAGUACUGGGGGACAUUACAAUCCAUUCAACAAAACUCACGGGGCACAGUCGGAUAAAAUAAGGCAUGUUGGGGAUUUAGGAAAUGUCUAUGCCGACGAAGAUGGCACUGUUAAGGUGGUUAAACGUGAUUUUAUGGUAUCUCUGGUUGGAGAUUACAACGUCCUCGGACGAUCUUUCGUGCUUCAUGCACUUAGAGAUGAUUUAGGAAGGGGCGGUGAUAUAGGCAGCUUAACAACCGGGAAUGCUGGAGCAAGAAUUGCCUGCGGGGUUAUCGUUCGGGCACCGGUUGUAAAAACAUCUUAAAGACGGAACAUUAACUUAUCUACUUAUUAAUAAUAUUGGUUCUCACUUAUUUACUUUUUAUAUCAGUAAACGACGUUUGAAUUGUGUUCGUGUGUAUAUUGCUGUUUAACACAGGCAUAGGGUCAAGUGGGCUUAAAGCUUUAAUUGACCAAAAAAGGAUUGUGUUAGUCUUUUUUACAACUUAUAUACACAGAACAGCAGGCUAGUCUCUAGGCCUCUUAUACGUUCCUUAAUACACGCGAUCUCAUUAAUAUGCAGGCCAACUCCUGAGAGAGUUUUAUUCGGCGACGUUACGGAAAUAUAAAACACGCGCAAUGAGGCCGAGAGACUAGGCUGACAGAACAGCGUUUCUCACGAUAACUGGGACUGAUUUUCACCUGGGUAAGCCAUUAGGGCCAAAAAAGCAAUAUCAUGAUGUAUUAAAAAAAUAUAAUAACUUUAUACCUUUAAAUAUAUCUUCGUAGAUGUUUUGGUUUAAAUAAAAUCUUUACUUA